AGACCGUGAUGCCAUCGAGACGAACUUAACGGUUUCCAGUUACGAAGGAGUCGCUGUCCGAGGAUUACGUUCCAUCCCGGCUUGCUCGCGAAUUCCUCCUUCAUUUUUUUUCUUUUUUGUUUCUUCCUACGACCCGUGAUUUUCCGUCGCUUCGGGUUGACCGUUCGACUUUUCAUUUCUGUCGCGGGCAACAACAGCGAAUUUUCGUGCCACGCACACGUUAUGGGCCAAUACUGAUUGUGAACGAAUUGCUGACAAAUAUGAAUAUACAUCGGACGGUGCUUUUGCUGCUACUAGCUGGCAUAGUUGCUUGUAAACAGGUGGCAGCAACCUCUAGUUGCCCAUGGGCGCAACACGUGGUCGAUCUGGAGAGCUCUUGCAUUUGCGACUACAAUUUAGCCAAAGAACUGUCUGUGCAAUGCGACAUCGUCGAUUACGAGCAACUUUUAGCUGCUUUGCGUCGUUAUGCGUCCAAAAGCAACGUAGACUUGUUCUACGUAAAUAACAGCACCAUCAGGACACUGAGAAACAACUCGCUCACGACGGUGAAGAUCAAUAACAUACAAUUGUCUGGCUGUCAAAUCAAGACGAUCGAGCCAGAUGCCUUCAAAGGUCAGGAGAACUCCUUGAAAAGUCUGAAUUUGAAAGACAACGAGCUCACGGAAAUACCUAGUAGCACUCUGAAGACUUUAAGAAACCUCACGGUGCUGGACCUUUCGAUGAAUAAAAUCACGAGGGUUAACGACAAUGCCUUCGCAGGCCUAAAGUUGGUUACUCUGAAACUCUCGGAUAACGAAGUAAACCUUGCGCCUGGAGCAUUUCGCGGUUUGGAGAGAUCACUGAAGAACUUAAAUCUGAAGGGUACCAGGCAGAAGAAAGUACCAGAGGCGCUGAAAGGUCUUAGGACCUUGGCUUUUCUUGAUUUGUCCCAGAACAGUAUCAGAGAACUGCCUGGAUCCGCUGGUACGAAAGCCUUCGAAGGACUCGAAUCGCUAACCGGAUUAAAUUUGGAGAGGAAUUUGAUACAGAAUAUUGGGCCAGACGCUUUUCACGGCAUUAAGCAUACUUUGAGCUCGUUGAGCCUAUUGAAUAACCUUAUUCCGGAUUUUCCGACGGCUGCUAUCAAUAGCAUCCAGGACCUCAGAGUAUUAGAUAUUGGAUUCAACUUGAUAACGGAAUUGCCAGUAAACGCUUUUGAAAAGAAUCCAUCGAUAACUCUCCUAGCUAUUGAUGGAAAUCCUUUGUCAACCGUUCCAGAAGAAGCUCUCACACGAUUAAACGGAACACUUCGUGGUCUGAGUUUAGGAGGUCGAUUUCUGGUCUGCGAUUGUAAAUUACGAUGGAUCGUGGACUGGAUAAAAACCAGGGACUUGCAAGUCACCAGUCGGGAACGUAAACCACAAUUCUGUGGAAGUCCACAAAAACUACAGGAUAAAAGCUUUUACAAUAUCGAUUCAGAAGAAAUGACCUGCGAAAGGACUCCAGAAAUUAUUGGAAUCGGUACGGUAGAAAGUGUGGACACAAGAGAACCUACAGGAUCCGUGGAAGCAGCGAGUAGUCUUAACCCAACUAUUCGUUCCACCAUUAGUAUACCAACCACUACAACCACUACAAUUACUGUAUCCACAACUAUGAUAUCCCCUACAACUGAACAACCAAAAACUGAAACACUGUCUACAACUACUGCAAGAAGCAUUACCAACAGACCAACUGCUGCAAGAACAGGAAACGUGGUGAUUAUGAGGACCACACCAUCUCCAUCUAAACAUUCUCAGGACCACUUGCAACAACAUCAACCACGACCACCGUUGGUUCUUGGUUCCCCGCUUUACAAGUCAAAAUCAACAGAAAAGAACAUCAUAGUCAAAGAUGUACUUAGACAAGACAAUGCUGUGAGCAUAUACUGGGACACUGAGGCGACAAAUAUCCUAGGGUUUAAAGUGAUUUACAGACUAUUUGGGGAUAACAGUUUCAAGCAGGCGCCACCUCUUGAAGCCAGUGAACGAGAAUUUAAAAUUAAAAAUGUUCCUUCACAGGAAUGCAUCGUGGUCUGUGUAGUAUCAUUAGAAGAGACCAACAUUACUCCAGCAAAUGUACCUUACAAUCAGUGUAAAGAGGUGAGGACCGAAAAUUCACCCACAUCCAACAUGGAUAAAAUUACCAUCGCUGCCAGUGCGGCUAUAUGUGCCACAAUAGUGGUCGCAGUUAUAAUAUUCAUUGUAGCAAACCGACGAAGGGCCAGAAAACUCCAUACUCUGCAUAGUAUUGAUCAGACAAAAAUGGGUGGACCGAUUGCUGGAUUACCAGUUAACUGUUGCUCUAAUGUUGGUCCAACGCCCAGCCCUGGUGGGCCGUUAUCCUCAAUGGCAACUCUUAGUGCUUACAAUGCACAGAAAGAAUGGGACCAAGUGUCUGCUUACAGCAACAGAAGCAUACCAAGACCAAGGAUAUUUCCUAUAGAUCGCCAAGGUUCGAUAACUAGAGCUUCCUGCAUUGAUGACGUCAGAUCUCAAACAGGACACUAUGGUGGAAAGGUGUCAACUAGAACUGUGGUCGAUGGUCAAUCGCAACAUAGUUUCUCCAACACUUCAACCAGAUAUUUUGGAAAUAACAUGUUGUCAUCUAAUCUUGCUAAUACAAGAUCAGAAUUAAGGCAAUCUCGACAGUCUUUAGCCGGAGCUUCUGACAGAAUGUCACGAACAAACUUCUCGCCAAGUCAUAUGCCAUCUCAUUCUUCAGCUAGAAGACAGAGACCACGGUCAUGUAGUCGCAAUUUGGAGCAAAACCCACCACGGCCAAGUAGCAGAUACAGCAUAGCUGAUUCAACGCACACCCUUAAUAAUUACGAAGAAAACAAUUGGACUGAUCACGACAUGGAUAUAUACAUGGCACGCAAUCCAACGACAAGGACUGGUCUCAUGCCCCUUUGAUUUGACACUAUGUGUGUAUAAUUUUGCUCAAAUGUGUUCAGUGACAUUGUUUUGGAACAUCUGAACUUCUCUCAUUCAUGCAGAUGUACUAUACAGCAUGACAUUUUAGAAGAUAUAGAGUAGAUAGUUUAGCAUUUAUAAGAGUAAUCGGUUGAAUCUACGUUUUUACAACUGUUACCAUGUAAUAAAUGUAUUAACGUAGCGGUAUGAAAAAAAAGAAUGUUACAAACGUUUAGCUUUAAGAAGAUUUAUAUAAAGUGUUUUAAUGGUACACGUUUUAAAAAUGUACUGUGUGUGCUUGAAUCAUACAAAGUAAACCUCAAUUAAUUCGAUUAUACGAUCUCUUCAAAUGACCGGAAGU